AUGUCUGAGUCCCCCAGAUCCCAGCGGUCCGUGUACCUGACCCGGUACAGUACCCCAGUACCAGAACUGGAUGACCACCGUCGCCAGAUGCAAACACCACCACGAAUUGACACCUCCAUCGAACGCUCUUAUAGCCCUCAUGAUACCCAAGGGCCCAUUGAAAUCCCCGAGCGUGCCGACUUGCUCAAUCCACAAAGUGCCCUGAGAGACGGUCCAGUCUUCCGAGACUUUGAAAAUGUUGUCAUCGACGAUGAUAGAUCGAUCAAUGGGCCGAAUGGGCUCCCACGGUUCUCGUUAGAUCCCGCUGCCAACUACCACACUCCUCGUCGCAUCAGUAUUGUGAACCAAGAUCUCGCCAACGCCUCCUGCGCAUCGUCCGUCUCAGCUCGAUCCUCUUCUCCCCCCAAUUCCGUCGAGGCUUUUGCUGAUCCCCGUCGCCGUGAACGUGCCAACACCCUGGAUAGCCUUGCGCCUCCCGAGUUGGAAGCAAUCCUGCAACGCACCGUGUCUGGUGGCACACACAAUCGCCGUCCGACGUUCAGCAACGCCAGUGCCAUUCGGCCCCAAUUGGGAGAUGUGCCAUUUGACACGGAGGAGGCCUGCUUUGACGAGCCAGGUCGUCCACCCGUGAUCGGUCGUCUUCCCGUCAUCGACUACGAGGAAUUGGAGGAGUUCGUGGCUCUGAACCCAAACACUAGGGCUGUCGGCAAUCGAAGCCGUAAGCACAGCGUGAGCUCGCAGAGCAAGAAGCCGCGAAUCUUCUACGAUCUCCGUCCUGGCGCGGAAAGCCUCGAGAUCGACCAAAUUAAGAAGACUAUUUCGCACGAAUCGAGUGACGACGAGAAGCAUCCCACAAUCCCAGACGAAAAGGAGCUGGUCCAAAUUCUUCAGAAUGAAAACGAGCCCACUCGUUUCGGCUUUUUUUCAUCCGAGUCCCAGAGCACCGUGCAUGCCUCCGACUUGGGUGAUCUAGUCCUCCCAGGUGAGACUUUCCGGGACCUCUUCGAGCUCGGCCCCGAAGGUGGUGUAUGGUGGCUCGACGUGGUCAACCCGACAGAAGAAGAACUCGGCGCCAUCUCCCGAGCCUUCAAUAUCCAUCCUCUGACAACGGAGGAUAUUCAAACACAAGAAGCACGCGAGAAAGUCGAGCUCUUCAAGCAGUACUAUUUCGUCUGCUUCCGCACUUUUUUCCAAAAAGACAAGACCAGCGAAGACUACCUCGAACCCGUCAACUUCUACAUGGUUGUAUUCCGUGAUGGUGUUUUGACCUUCUCAUUCGUCGAUAACCCGCAUGCCUCGAAUGUCCGCAAGCGAAUUGGCAAAUUACGCGACUACGUCUCACUCAGCAGUGAUUGGAUCUGUUACGCCAUGAUCGACGACAUCGUCGAUAGUUUCGGUCCUGUUAUUCGCGACGUGGAAGUCGAAUCCGAGGCAAUCGAAGACCACGUCUUCAUCGCACGAGUCGACGACUUCGAGUCUUUCCUUCCGCGCAUCGGAGGCCUGCGCAAGAAAGUCAUGAGUCUGAUGCGUCUUCUUGGCGGGAAAGCGGAUGUCAUUCGUGGAUUCUCGAAACGGUGUAACGAGCAGUACUCUGUUACACCGCGUGGCGAUAUCGGUCUUUAUCUGGGCGAUAUCCAGGAUCACGUCGUUACUAUGAUGUCUAAUUUGGCCCAUUUCGAGAAGAUGCUGAGUCGUUCGCAUACCAACUACCUUGCUCAGUUGAAUGUUACCAACUUGGUGCUUGGCAACCAUGUCAAUAAGGUGCUGAGCAAGGUUACGCUUAUUGCGACAAUUUUGGUUCCUAUGAACUUGAUUUGUGGAUUGUUUGGUAUGAAUGUUCCGAUUCCUGGAGUGCAUUCUGAAGGACUUGGCUGGUUCUUUGGAAUUCUCGGUGUGAUGGGAGCUAUUGUUGUCGUUAGUAUCGGCCUGGCUCGCUGGCAGAGGCUGGUAUGA